GCACGGGAGACCGCAGGUUGUCAUGGCCGCUUUCGGGUCUUGGCGGGCUCCCGCCUCUCUUCCCCAUUGGCCGCGUCGGCGAGCGGGGAGGGACGUUUCGGGCACGGCUGGCGGGAGCGGGAGGGCGCCGUCCCCUUCCCCUCCCCCCGCCAUCUUGAGAGAUGAUCCUAUGAAUUUCAAAAUGACACAGAAAAUGAAUGCAGCAAAAUCAUCAGGAUCUUUGCAGAAGUACCUCACAGACACAGCAUGCAGUGCUGCCCCGAGACGGACUCUUAAAAUGAUUCAGCCUUCAGCAACAGGUUGCCUGGUGGGCAGAUGUAAUGAGAAGAAAUCUUCAGUCAAAAGGAAACUCUGGAAUAACAAGUUUACCUCAAAGGCUUGUAAAGCUGAGGUGUCUGUGGACAAAGAGCAAGACAAUGAGAAUAUGAAUAAUGACAUUCAAGCUGUAGAUCUCAUGAUAAAAGGAAGUCCUUCAUCUCAGUAUUGGAAAGAAGUGGCUGAAGAAAGGAGGAAGGCUCUGUAUGAAGUGCUUCAAGAAAAUGAAAAGCUGCACAAAGAAAUCGAACAGAAAGAUGGUGAAAUUGCUCGCCUGAAAGAAGAAAACGAGGAGUUAAUGUCCCUUGCUGAACAUGUGCAUUACAUGACCAACAUGAUUGAGAGGCUAACUGGGCAAGCACCUGACAAUUUUGAGAUGAUGCAGAGUCUGGCUAUAGAGGAGUCCAAAAAAGAAAAUGAAGAGCUUAACUGUGAACUUGAUGCAGAGAGCAACUCUGAAGAAGGGCCAUCACAAGUAUCAGGUGGCUUAAGGGGGAGUAUGUCAGUUCUUGCUUCAAAGGAAGGAAAUAAUUUGCAGCUGGAAUGACAAAUAGGAUUAUGUGGUUUUUAAUUGCAGGCUUCCUUUUGAAAGGAUAUACUGAAACUUCUCAGGCAUAGAAACUUGUGGAAGCAUUGCAUUACAGGUGUUGGUUUUUAACUGGAGUUAUGUAGCAGUGGGAGUAUCUGGAUACUGUGUAGAAAACUUACUACAGGCUGCACUUAGUUGCUUGUAUAAAUGCAAAUACUGUGUAUUUCAAACAGUUGUGUAAAUAUCUUAUCAGUUGGUCUGAUAUGAUACAUGAAAAUUGAUAAAUAAAUCUUUGCCAUACCAAAACUGCCUCAUAAUGGUGUGGGGAAUGGCUAGUUUUAGAUUUAAGAAAAUUUUGGCUACUGUAGAUAGAAGCUUUCAGUGUUUUUAGGGAGUACCUGGGCAGAUUUAACUCCUUAAAUUUGCAGAAUUUUUGAACAGUGUGGUUUUAGUGGAUAGGGAAAGCAAAAUAAAGCUUGUGUGCUCUUGGUGAGGCUUCAGAAAAUCAAGAAAGGGUAAUUAGUCAAGAUCUUGUCAAAGUUUAGUUAGAUCUAUGCUUUUUAGGCUUGUUUAAUUGCCUCUGUCUUUUAAAGGGAGCAUUUUCAAGAUGUACAGAUGAGAGCUGAAGUAGAAAGUGUUAGACAGUAUCUUUUAGAAAUACAUUUAUUGGCUUAUAAAGAAAAGGUGGGGUGUUCUUGCUCCAAAUAACAGCAGCCUACACCUACUUCGGAGCUAUUCAGAAAGGAAACUCUACGUUUUCAAAGUACUGCACUGGUAUACCAAGAAAUGAGGCACCUUUUUAGCAAGGUAGUAAUGUUCUGAAGGGUUUGCAGGGAUAAAAAGCAUUCUUUAAAACUUUGAGCACCUGUUCUGACAUAGGGGGCAGGGCAGGAGGAGUGCUUGCAGUUGAAGGCACUGAGGUAGAAGGGGAAAGCAAGUUGAAUACAGGAUUUCCAGUCCUGAGUGAACUUUGCAAUUGUUCUGCAAGUAACAAGGCCUUCCAAGGACAGGCUUUAAAAGAUGGUGGCUGGCUGUUGCAAUAGCCUGUGAAGAGCUUGAAGUUGAGUGGCUUUCAGGAGGCAGAUACUGAGAGGGGUUUUGGUCUAUGGAUCUAUUGGGCCUUGCCAAAACAGGCAUUUCAGGGUAUACAUGAACAUAUCUGUGGAGCUAUUGAUUUGGCACCUUUAAGAUUCCUUCCAUAUCUUAACUCCCUUCCUGUGGGUCUGAGUAAGUUAAUAGAUGUUUCACAACUGGUUUCAGUUGUUGAUACUUGGGGAAACUUAGAACCAUUGCAGGAGGUAAUACUCCUUCUGUCUUGUUAUUUCACCUUGAAUUUGGGAAGCACAGGUGAAGCAUUAUGCUUUCCUGGGGGCUUUGUAAACAAGGAUUAUAGCUUCCAGUUUGUGCUCUAGAGGGUGUCUAGAUUCAAUUCUUUCCAUCACAGUGCAGAACUAGUGACAAAGGUGUGUCCUUUAAUGUUGAUAUGUUAAAAAAUAAACUGGGUAACUGCUUUGUAGAGUAACCUUGGCUUUCUGUUCAGAAGAAAUAGAUAAUACUGUCAAGUGACUUAAAAGUGCACUGCAUCAAGACUGUUAUAAAAGUUAAAUUUUGUUUAUUUACUACUGAGAACUAUGAUAAGAAAAUUGCUUAGAAUCUGAGAUAGAAGACAUCGUAGUUACUCAUAGUUAAGUAAUUUUUCAGAAGUGGCUUUUUUUUAAACAUAAGGAAUAUUUUGCAUUUGUAGAGGCUGUAGAAGGGAAGAAAGCUGCUGCAUAAUUAGGUGGCCAGGUAGGCUGAUCCAACUGGGUCAGCAAGUGCAACUUCUCCAUGGUUUUGCCUCCUGCUCUGAACUGCUGUAAUACAGGUGCUGCAGUUAGAAUAAAACUGCCAGGAAGUAACAAAUCCUGAAUUUUUAUGCAUUACUUGCAUCUGGCUUUUCCUUAAUCUCACCAAGAUGGUAAAGAAUGCUUAUAAGAUUUAAAUCUUGUGCUUUUUCUUGAUUUUUAUUUAAAUAAAGACAAGAUGCUUCCUUGAGUAGCUGGAUCCUGUGUAUGUAUACAGAAUAAAUCAUGUAAGUUCCUUCAUGGAGGCAGAUUGGGUAUAUUGUAACAGAACAACUUUUUAUCAAGGCAUAUGCCACUUGGGUGCAUGUAUACAUGCUACUGAACUGUUCAAACCAAGGCUACUAUGGUUUUAUUUCUUAGUUCAUUAUAUAAAUGCUUGAAAAAACAUACUGCAGGAGAAGACCAGAAGUGAGAGUUGAAUUGUGGCAGUGCAUGUUGUGGGUUUUAUACCUGUAUCUCCAUCACAUAUGUAUUGGUCCUUGAUCAAACAAUCUCCCUACACCUUCUUAGAAAUAUUAAUGCAUGAAAGUGUCAGAAUUUUUAUGAUGUGGCAUUAAUUAUUUAAAAAUCUUCUAAAGAGUUCAAGUUUCAGUUACUGUCCUGGAAAUUCCUGAGUUCUUUUAAAAAUGUGCAUGUACUAGAACUAUGUUACAUAGUAAGUCUAGAAACUUUGUAUGCAUGUGUGAAAGGCCUGUCAAAUGUGUAGAAAUUGUACACAUUUGUGUAAUUAGUUCUUUUACAACCAUCUGACCUUUUAAUUUUGUUUAAUAAGAGGAAACUCAUUUACCACUGAAACGCAGCUAUAUAACAGCUGAAAUUCAACAUAGCUAAAGACAAAGGAAUUUCAUAUCCAGCUAAAUUACAGAAAGCGUUCUGUCUAGCAGAAUAAAAUUAUCAGUUCUGGAACCUAACUGCAGAAUAUGAUUCUUUCCAAGAAGUCAUAAAUGCUUUUGUGUACCAAGUUGACCAGCAUGCUGACUCCCUUUUGUUGCAGAGGCUAUGGCCACAGUGUCAUCUUUCACUGAAGUAUCCAAAGGCUUCUCAGAAGUGGGAUGCAUCUGCUGUGUCAUAGCACUUCUCCCAUAAUUGUCCUGAGAGGACACAUUUUACAGACAUGUAAGACUGAGGUGUGGAGAGACAGGCCAUUUGCAGGUGUCAGAUGUUUCAAGGAGGAGCAGCUGUGCAGGGAUGAGCAGAGGCAAGCAAACUGGGGUGUGUGUAUGGUUUGUGGGAGGAAGAACUUUUAAUCUGUUUAAUAAAAAUAGCAAUUUAGUGUAAACACCUAUUGUAUUUAAGACAAUGUGUGAAGUGAAUUAGGCCAUAAUAACUACUUGGCUGGGCGAUGAAACUGGCUUGGUGUUUGGCAUAGUGUUGCUUACAUGGGGGACCUACAGUGUUGUCAUGUGUUGCAGCCUGUGCAUAAGUAAUGAAGUUGGUCAUGGAUUCUUGCAAGGAAGUGUGAUGCAUGAUCAUUUACUUUUUUCCUUAAGGGCUAUCUGAGGUUAUUUUCUUUUCAGAACUGGAUUUGAGAUUUUGAGCAGGAAGUUUGCAAAUCUGCCAAGGCCAUGUGUUUCCUGUGCUGUUGUUUUUGAGACUGAAUUGCAUUAUCAUUGUUUUCUUCAGAAAAUGUUCAUUGUGUAUAGUUCAUUUCUGUUUCUAUUCCUGUAAUAACAGUAGUUCAGCAAAUGAUAAUGGUGUUCUGAGAAACUUUAAUUUGCUGCUGCUUUGUUGAUCUGCCAACAACUGCCUGUAACGAAAUGUGAUCGGCAGUGUUCAAGGUCAGACCCUUGGGUGUAAGGAUACCUCUGUCACAGCCUUGGGGGCACGGCAGCUGUUUGAAGGCAGGUGCUGUGCAUCCUUUAAUCAGGAUAAUUUCAUUGCAAAUCAGCAAAGCAGGGGUUUGUACUUAGUACAACUGCCAGACUGUAUAUCUUGACUCAUAAUUGCUGACUAAGCAUUCAAAAUUAACUGUAUAUAACAGACUGCAGUAUAGGGUAAAGCUACAGUAUAUACCUUUUCUGAAGGUGUGCUGGGUACAGGAGGAAUCUUAACGAUAGUGUGACACUCUGGGCAGCCUAACUUAAGCUGCUACUGUAGCUAGAGUAGUAUAGAGGUGCUAUGGGUUUCCAUCAAUGAGGCAGAAUGCAGGGAGACAAUAACAGCAUGGUGAGGUUAGUGAAAAACACUAUAGCUCAUGAAAAGCAUGAGGUAAAAGCCACCAACAAAACCAGCAGGCAAACCCCUUUCCCCAGCAUGCUUUUCCUGGUGAGGUCCCCAUCUUUCAGUCUGUACUUCUGAGUUAUUUUGGUACAAGAACUUUUUCCUAAUAUGCUUUUCUGGGGUGACCCAGACAUUUAAAUUGGUUUGAGUCAACCUGCUACAGCUGUAUGGAAAGUUUUGUAAUAACUGCCUGCUGGUUUCUUUGCUAGUUGGUAAGUGUCCAUCCUGUUACAUUCACUUCUAUGCAUCUGGUUUUUCCUAUUCCACAAAGCAGAGCUCUUGCAUUAAUGUGGUAGGAAAGCAAAUAAAAACAUGUAAGUUAUGAGACAAAUA